UGCUACCUCUGGAAUCUGUUAGGUUUCUAUUAAGCCUACUUAUUACAGGCAUUAACAUUACGUUUACAGCCUAUAUCAUAAAUCUGUCCAGGAGUACAGCUAGAUCUAUAAAAUAGGCGAUAGAAAUCAUUGUGAGUACAAGUUUAACAAGUCAUAUCUCUGUGAGUACAAGUUUAAAGGAGUAAAUAAUGAGUACAGCUCAUCUUCACACUGCAAUCAAACAAGUGAAUGGAUUCUCUUUGUAUUUCUCUCAUGACAUUGCAAUUAUUGUCAUUGACAGAGGAGAAAAUAGACUCAACUUGGAAUUUUUAACUACAUUUAAUAGCUUGUUGGAUGAUGUAGAAAGGUAUGAGUCUUGUAAAGGACUUAUUACAACAGGAGUUGGCAAGUUUUAUGGUAAUGGUCUAGACUUAGAAUGGUUGGCAAACAUUACCCCAGAAGAUGGUUUAGAGUUCCGAUCAACUUUGAACAGGUGUAUUAAACGUCUACUUUCCUUUCCACUUCCAACUCUAGCUGCAAUAAAUGGUCAUGCCUUUGCUGGGGGAGCUGUAUUUGCCUUUGCCCAUGAUCUUCGUACAAUGAAAACAGAAAGAGGUUGGCUGAGUUUUAAUGAAGUGUUCAUAAAUUUACAUUUCACUCCAUUUCUUCUAGCUAUGUUAAGGGAAAAACUAGGAACUGGACGGAAUGUAUCCCAGGCAUUAGUUCUUGGUCAUCGUUACACAGCAGAGGAUGCCUUCAAUGCUGGCAUGGUCAUGGCAAUGACCUCAUCUAACCUAUUAAUCACUGAAUCAAUCCGUGUAUUAAAGAGCUUUUCUGGUAAAAAUGGAUUCCCUCGAGACAGUCUUUCUAAAAUGAAAGAAAAUGUUUACAGUGAGAUAUUACAAAUGUCAGAUGAUGCAGACAUUAAACAUCUCUCUUCAAAACUUUAACAGACUUUCACUUCUUAAUUAUAGGCUAAAAGCUAAUUGUUUGUUUUUAAACUAAUGCAGUUUAUUUAACCUAUAGUGGUUUAGCCAAUAAAAAAAUGUUAAAUUAUUAUAGAUGAAAACAUAAUUUUUAACAAUGUUUUUAGAAUUCUCAAAGUUUUAAUGGCAUUAUCAAUUAGAUUGUAUAUGUAAUAGGUUGUGAUAUUUAUAGAACAUGUUUUCCCCUCCAGAAGAAACACCCUGGUAUUUUAUUCCUUAUAUAGGGGCCUCUAUGUAUAUAUAUUCACACACUAACAAAACUAAUAUGAGCUCAUAAAAAUCUGGUAAAGCUAUGAUCACUUAUUCGUGGUCGAGAGGCUAAGUGCGCUUGAACUUGGCUUGUCUUGGCUACCUAGAAGGGGGCUCGAGGUUCGACACCCGACUCUGGCAAAGUUGCGUUUACUGAGCGCCUAAAGGCAGCACGGAAAACCAACUCCUAGAUACUCCCUCCCCCCACUGGUCCACAAAUGAGAUUGGACCAAAAGCGCUCUGAGCAUGCUAUAAGCAUGAAAGUAGCGCUAUAUAAAAGCUAUAAUAAUAUUCUUAUCCUCAAUCUAAUCAAUUUUUCACUGCAAAGUUUAAAACUACUUUUUGUACCCCUGUACACAGAAAUUGAGAUUUUACUUCAAACAUGGCAGAGGCACCUUAAGAUCACCCAAACUUUAACAAACAAAAAAUGGUAUAUGCAAAUAUUACAGUGUUGUAAAGAGAGGAAAGAAAUUAAGUGUGAUUAAAAAUUGUUGUAAUCAUUUUCUCUUUCCUAACCUCCCUUGCAUUUGUAGACCAUAAGGUUGUUUUUUUUACUACAUCUAGAAUAAUUGUAUCUACAUGAAACUGUUGAACCAUGCAUAUAAGCUUACUUAUUUAGUAAUCUAUAUUUAACUGAUUAAAAUCUAGCAUAGGUGAUAUAUAUAACAUUAUAUAAUAAGAUAAUUAUUAUUAUAUGAUGUUCAAUAGAUUUCUUUGUGACAUUCAAAGCUUACUAUCCAUACACAUUUUUAAGGCCUAUAACUUUUUGAAAGUUCAAGAGCCCUUAUCUAUUAUAUUUCUAUUUUUAUUAUUUAUUUAUUUAUUAUUUCUAUUAUGUUAUUUAUUAUUAUACAUUGUCAGAUAUCUUUUGACAUUUUUUAGUUCUGCUUAAUAUAUUUAAGGUUGAAAAGUUAUGUCACCAAAUGUUUUCACUAGACUAGAAUAUAACUGAUGAUCUUUCCUAAACAAAAAUAAACUUUUCAUUUUUAAGUCAGUUACACAGACAUAAAGUUCAUUUAAGGAAAAAUAAAAGUCACAUUUGUAAAUAGUUGAAUUCCUUGUGCCAUACAAGUUAAUGAUGAGUUUAUCUACUGAAAUUUGUUGAUAUGAGCAUCCAAAUGAUUUCAACAAUUCAUAAAUUCUUCUGCGUUCUCAUUAUAAUGUUGGAGAGUUUCAUAUGUCUGAAAUGAACUGUGCCGGACCUCUGAUUUUUCUUUUUAAGCUUGUCCAGACAAGAAUAAUGUAAUCUUUCUCACUGUAAUAAAUUGAACUAAUCCCAUAUUGAUCAAAAAAAAUCUAUGAUGUGCAUAGUCCAGAUUUGUUGUUGUUUUAUUUUGCAAUUACCAAAAAGUAUGUAAAUUAAAUGAUGUUAAUUUUGUGUUUCAUGAUUUUCCUUGUUAUUCUUAGAAUUUCCUUAAUAUUCAUUUGUGUCCAUUCUUUGGCUUUUACAUGUUUAUGUCAGUGAUUAAAAUGUAUAAAUUCAA